AAGGGAGAGGAGAGGGAGAGAGUUGAGGGAUUGACACAAAUGGUCGGGCGGCGGAGGCGGCGAAGGAGGCGGAGGCGCAGGGGGGAGCCGAGGCCACAGGGCUGCCGUGAGUUGAGCGCUCUACGGGGCUGCGGCCACUAGCGCGGCGCCGCCAGCCGGGAGCCAGCGAGCCGAGGGCCAGGAGGGCGAGACGCGACCCCAGCGUGCCCGAGCCAUCCCGGCUCUACCCGCCGCCGGCGCUUCAUGAAUCGCAAGUUUCUGCGGCAGCGGCGGCUGCGGGACGCGGAGCGGGAGCCGGCCGAGCGGGCCUCGGGCUGGACGGAGGGCACCGGCGCAGAGGAGAUCUCCCCGGACACAGGGGAGACCGCCGCCGGCCGCGGCACAGCUAGCCCCAGCCAAGCGGCGCCGAGAAAGUAUGGCUGAGGAGGAGGCGCAUAAGAAGUGCCGGGCCGCCGGCGGCAGCGGGAGCUGGGAACUUUGUGUCCGGUCUCUCCUGGCCGGGCCGCCGGCGGAGGGGAGCGGGGAUACCGGCAGCCGCCGCCGCCCCCAUCCCCGUCCCCCAGCUGACCCCGGACGCUUGGCGCGCAGGCUGCUGCUGCUACUUUGGCUGCUGGAGGCUCCGCAGCUGCUGGGGGUCCGGGCGCAGGCGGCGGGCCAAGGGCAGGGGCCCGGGCCGGGCCAGCAGCCCCCGCCACCGCCUCAGCAGCAGCAGAGCGGGCAACAGUACAACGGCGAGCGGGGCAUCUCCAUCCCAGACCAUGGCUACUGCCAGCCCAUCUCCAUCCCGCUGUGCACGGACAUCGCGUACAACCAGACUAUCAUGCCCAACCUGCUGGGCCACACGAACCAGGAGGACGCGGGCCUCGAGGUGCACCAGUUCUACCCUCUGGUAAAGGUGCAGUGCUCCGCCGAACUUAAGUUCUUCCUGUGCUCCAUGUACGCUCCCGUGUGCACCGUGCUGGAGCAGGCGCUGCCUCCCUGCCGCUCCCUGUGCGAGCGAGCGGGCACCCCGACCCCCUCGUUGCUGCCAGAGUUCUGGACCAGCAACCCCCAGCACGGCGGCGGACACCGGGGCGGCGGCUACCCGGGGGGCGCCGGCGCGUCCGAGCGAGGCAAGUUUUCGUGCCCGCGCGCCCUCAAGGUGCCUUCCUACCUCAACUACCACUUCCUUGGGGAGAAGGACUGCGGUGCGCCCUGUGAGCCGACCAAGGUAUACGGGCUCAUGUAUUUCGGGCCGGAGGAGCUGCGCUUCUCGCGCACCUGGAUCGGCAUCUGGUCGGUGCUGUGCUGCGCCUCCACCCUCUUCACGGUGCUCACGUACCUGGUGGACAUGCGGCGCUUCAGCUACCCGGAGCGACCCAUCAUCUUCCUAUCGGGCUGCUACACGGCGGUGGCGGUGGCCUAUAUCGCCGGCUUCCUGCUGGAGGACCGGGUGGUGUGUAACGACAAGUUCGCCGAGGACGGGGCGCGCACGGUGGCGCAGGGCACCAAGAAGGAGGGCUGCACCAUCCUCUUCAUGAUGCUCUACUUCUUCAGUAUGGUCAGCUCCAUCUGGUGGGUGAUCCUGUCGCUCACCUGGUUCCUGGCGGCCGGUAUGAAAUGGGGCCACGAAGCUAUAGAGGCCAACUCACAGUACUUCCACCUGGCCGCCUGGGCCGUGCCCGCCAUCAAGACCAUCACCAUCUUAGCUCUGGGCCAGGUGGACGGCGACGUGCUGAGUGGGGUGUGUUUCGUGGGGCUCAACAACGUGGAUGCGCUGCGCGGCUUCGUGCUGGCGCCCCUUUUUGUGUACUUGUUCAUUGGCACCUCCUUCCUGCUGGCGGGCUUCGUGUCGCUCUUCCGCAUCCGGACCAUCAUGAAGCACGAUGGCACCAAGACCGAGAAGCUGGAGAAGCUCAUGGUGCGCAUCGGCGUCUUCAGCGUGCUCUACACGGUGCCGGCCACCAUAGUCAUCGCCUGCUACUUCUAUGAACAGGCCUUCCGGGACCAGUGGGAGCGCAGCUGGGUGGCCCAGAGCUGCAAGAGCUACGCCAUCCCCUGCCCCCACCUCCAGGCGGGCGGGGGCGCCCCGCCCCUCCCGCCCAUGAGCCCCGACUUCACAGUCUUCAUGAUCAAGUACCUUAUGACGCUGAUCGUGGGCAUCACGUCGGGCUUCUGGAUCUGGUCGGGCAAGACCCUCAACUCCUGGAGGAAGUUCUUCACCAGGCUCACCAACAGCAAACAGGGGGAGACCACCGUCUGAGGACGGAGGUACCCAGCCCGUUCCCAGCUCCUCGGCCCAGUCCCAGCCACUCCACAAGAGCCAGCCCCAGGAAUCCAUCCCAAGCCUGGCUACUCAAGUCUUCCUCGCUAGACAGACACUUCUGCAGGCUUCUUUUAACGACGCAACUCCUGCAAAAGCGUCAGUCCCGGGGGCAGACGGACAUGGGGGCCGACUCUACCCUAACACUCUGGUACCAGGACUGUACACUUUUAUGAUUGUAAAUAGACUGUAAGAUUUUUGUAAGUAUAUUUGUAUUUAAAUGACGGCCGAUCACGCGUUUUUCUUUUUUAAUUUUGAUUAUUUAGGACGGUUCAACCAUUUGAGGCUUUUUCCUUUUCGCGCUUUUGGGAGUACUGCAGAGGGGAAAACUCGAGCGCAUCCUCCCUGCUGCGUGUUGCAGGGGUCUGUCUGGGCACCGGCUCUGGGUCAAGUCCUGCGCGGCGGGGUGCGGCUGGGGUCACUUCUCUUCUCCUUCUUCUGCUCCCUCCUUUCUCUUCCCUUGCUUGGGGUGGGGCCUCUUUAGAUAACGAACACCACAAAGCUUCCAAAUCCUGUGGUGGGCCCCUGCCCAUUCGAUUCAACCCUCACCCAUCCCAAUUCAGCCCCUCGCCCGAGGGCAAAUUGAGAAGGCCUGUCCCUUAGACUUCGAGAAGAUAAAGUUUCACUGUGGAGAACCUUCCCCCCAGCCCCGCAGGCGUUCACUGGUGUGGCCACGGGCAGUCCCAGUCUCCCUCCUCUCUCCCCUUCUGGGCCCAGACACUCCCUCCUCCAUCCUUAAGUUGGUUGGAGGGUGAGUGGGAUAACCAAUACCAAACUUUUUUUUUUGAUGGAUGAGCUCAUUUCAUUCCCAAGCGUCUAAAACCUGGGAUGGGUUUGGCCGGCGUCAUGGAAAGAUGUGGUUACUGAGAUUUGGGAAGAGGCAUGAAGCUUUGUGUGGGUUGGGAGAGACUGAAGAUGGGGUUACAAAAUGUUAAUUCUAAUCGCACACUGAUGCCUGGCAACCUGCCCCUAGAACUGAGACAGACGAGCAUUUAGAUUUUACCAUUCUGUAAAAUGAAAAUGUUGAGGUCACUUGGAAAGCUUUGUUAAGGAGUUGAUAUUUGCCGUCAGUAAAAGGACAGCAGCACAUAAUCAGAAUAUGAAAACGUGAAGGAGAUUUCAGUGUAAUGGACUUCCCCAGAUUGAGUGCUGUUUUCUUAUUUUUAAUCAAACAAUAAUUAGAUAUAUAUCAAAAACUUUAAAAUGUAAAUUUCUACAUUUUCAACUUAUUAUUAUUCAGCCACAUAUUCUGAGGGAGAAACAAUGCACUCUAUUAAUAAUAACUUGAUAAGAUUUCAGAAGGUAAAGAAAGUGUUUUAAUGGAUGGGGUUAGCUCCUCAAACAAAAUACUGGCAUGCAUGCUAAAGGGAAAAUGUGUGCAGGUCUGCGUUAAAUCUUGUGUCCUCCUUUUAUACAGAUUUACAGAAAUUUGUCAGAUGUAAACCUUUCAAAGCCAUUUAAAUAUCUUCUGUUCUCUGUGAAAAGGAGGAGAAAAACAAUCCUCCUGAUUGUAUUGUUAUAAACUUUAAGAGUUUAUCAAAAUGCUGGUACUUAGGACUUAAAUUUAUCUAUGUCUGUCACACCCUAAAAUGACAAUGGUCUUUGAAUUUGGUAUACAUUUAUUCUGUUCACUAUCACAAAAUCAUCUAUAUUUAUAGAGGAAUAGAAGUUUAUAUAUAUAAAA